AUGGCGGCGCUUUCACCGCCGUGUAUUGUGCUUUCGCGGUCACUUCCAAAUGCCGCGGCGCUUUGCGUCACGAUCGCUGUCGGAUCCGCGUUUCAUGUUCCACCUUUUGCGUUAAUCGAGUCUGUCGCGCCUGUCGCGCUGCUUACGCCGAUCGGCGCAAGCGCGCCCCUGCGACUACUGCGGAGUACGCGGCGAAACAGUCCUGCGCGGCGGCUUGCGCAUGCGGGCGCGAUGCGCGAUCCGCUUCUGAAGCGUGGCUCCACUGCAGUUUGCGGAGUGGUGGCUGCUAAAGCGGCCGCGGGGGGAGACGGCGGAAGGAAACACGAGGGGAGUGAAGUCCCCGGGGGAAAAUGCGAGGAGGACGAAGGCGCCGGGGGGAAAGGCUCCGGAGACGAAGAGUUGAAGGGGCUUAGGAGGACGGUUAGCGGGAAGAAUCUACGUGAAACGAAAGAGAAGGAGACGAUGCUGAAGGAGAGGCAGAAGACGGAGAAGAGGCAGAAGAGGGAGAAGAAAGCGAAUAAGGGCAAGAAGGAGAAGAAGGAAAAGAAGGAGAGGGAGGAGAAGAAAGAAAAACUUCAGCGAGCGAAGACUAGGGAGGAGGGUGACGGCGAAGGCGCGAGCGCGUGUGAGCGCGCGGAGGGUGACGGUGCGGAAAGGCUUCUGAAAGGAAGGGCCGCGGAGGAGGGUGUUGCGGGAAGUGGCGGCGCGGAGGAGGGAGAUGAGGCGCAACCUUCCGGAGCGGAAGCCUCGCGGAAGGAGGGAAGUUCAGCGGAGGAUUGUGCGAAAGAGGAACCCCCCGAGCGCUCCUGGCACACCGUGUUUUCCGCCGCUUCCUCCGCGGAUCGCUCCCCCAAACCCUCCCGCGGGCUCCUCACCGACCCUGACCCCGUCCCGAACCAAGGCAGCAGGCUCGGGAACGACUCCGCCCCGAACCAAAGCCUCAGCUUCGGCGCUGCUGACUUCGCUCCGGACCAAAGCGGCAGGUCCGGCGGCGGGUGGUGCGGGCUGUGCGGGGACGGGUCGGGAUGGGUGCAGUGCGGUGCGUGCGACGGGAAAGGCGCGUAUGCUACGGCUCCUGGGCUGGGGGGAGUGAAGGGAAAGGUUGGAUGGGCGCUGUGCAAGACUUGCUAUGGCGGCGCGGAGGAGUGGUUGCAGUGGCAGGAGCAUGCUAUGAGGCACCCUGUGAAGGUGAAGAUUGGGGGAGAGGAGGUGGUGAGGGGAGGAGUGGAGGAAAGGGAGAAAGUGGAGUGUUGGGGAGAGAUGGAAGAGGCGAGGGGAGAGAAGAAGGCAAGUGGAGAGAAGAAGGCAAGUGGAGAGAAGAAGGCAAGUGGAGAGAAGGAGAAGGCAAGUGGAGAGGAGAAGGCAAGUGGAGAGAAGAAGGCAAGUGGAGAGAAGAAGGCAAGUGGAGAGAAGAAGGCGAGUGGAGAGGAGAAGGCAAGUGGAGAGGAGAAGGCAAGUGGAGAGAAGGAGAAGGCAAGUGGAGAGAAGGAGAAGGCAAGUGGACAGAAGGAGAAGGCAAGUGGAGAGAAGGAGAAGGCAAGUGGAGAGAAGGAGAAGGCAAGUGGACAGAAGGAGAAGACAGGGGGGAAGAUGAGGAAGAGAAGGUUAGGGGGUAAUGAGGCGGUGAGGAGCAAGGAGGGAAAGAGCGAGAACGAGGAGGAGGAGGAGAGGAGGAGAGGAGGAUCGGAGGAGGACGAGGAGAGGAGGAAGCAGAACAUCGCUCAGCAUAAGCCGAGGAAGGAUGCUCCGCCUGUGACUAAGGUCACGGUCAACGAUGCUCGUGAGUCUGCGGCUAAAGGUCACCAUUCGGAGCCGGCGACGCCGAAACCGCUGCUGAAGGAAGUGGGUGGGCCUUUCGCGGAUGAAACGCGCAUCUCACUGGUGAAGAAACUGAACGCGUUGAAGUUCCCGUCCCCGGAGAAACUGUCUGCGGAAGGGGUUGACAGGGCUGAGGAGGAGAAAGAAAACGAGAACGCAGAUGAGGUGAUGCCGCCGACGGAUGCCUCAAGCGUACCUGCGGAAGAGGUGGACGAGGAUGAGGAAGAGGACGACGGUUAUCUCAGCGAUGAUCCGGAGGAGCGUUUUGAUCCGGUGAAGGCUGGGGAGAUCGCUGCUCGCGCCGGCUUCUCGAUCACGCUUUUGAUCCCGAUCAAAUACGAAGAGGAGGUGGAGCGGACCAUUGACACGGUCAAAGGUCUCUUGGCGCUGUGGAGGAAAUAUAUGUCGGCGCACGUUCUGACAACGACGAAGUGUCAGGUGCUCUUACCUGCCUGGCUGUCGAAGAAGCGUUACGGAAGGCUGCAGGUUACCUUCCAGCAAGCAUCUGACGCCAACUAUGCGUGGUGUCGCCGAAUCGAGCAUAAGAUGCUGAACGGCGGAGGUAUCUACCUUGAUUGGCAGCACCCGGAGAACCCGGUGUACAUCCUUGAGCGUGCGACACACCCGGACUCGAUUGAGGUCCUCCUGAAGAGUGUGCCGGCAGCUAUCACGCCGGAGAUGGUGUACGAGUACCUGGUUAAGACGGUGCUGGAGAAGCGCGGGCGGACCCCGUUUCUCAGUGGAUCUGCCUUUCAUCGGGUGGUGGAUCCCGUCACCGGCGCAGAUACGGACAAGAUUAAAGGGUUGGUCAAGGGCCAUCCGGGGGAUAAGUAUCGCUGGUGGCAUCUCCUGAUUGAUUCGGUGCACCAUAAGCAGCUUCUGGUUCACUACCCUUCCCUUUCCUCCAGCAGGAAGAGCAAGGGGAAGAUGAACCUCAUCCCGCUUCGCAAGGAGUUCGGCCUGCAGAAGUAG